AUGAUUACGCACGAAGAAAUUAAAAUUAAAACUGAAUUAAAUAAAACCGAUAGAGAGUAUCAAGAAGCAAAGAAGGAGUAUCAAGAUGCAAAGAAGGACUUGGAAAAGUGGAAAGAAGGGGAAAGGGGAAAUAGAUUAGACCAGUUGGAGAGAAAGUUGGAGGACGAAGAAUGGAAGAACGAAGGGCAGAAGAGAAGAUGGGAAGAUAGAAUAAAAGAGCUGAAAGAAGAAAAGGAGAGGUUGAAAGAUAGAAUAAAGAAGUUGGAGACGAUGAAGAUGAUGUGGGCGAACCAGACAAUAAAGUUGCAGGAUAAAUUAGCAGGAAUUACUGAAGAAAAAGCACAAAAGUUGCCUGAAAAGUUAGAGUUUCGUGAUCCCCAUCCUCUUCUCAUGGGUAGUGGUUCCGCUUGGGACUUUCAAGCUUCGGAUGCUUUGAAAGAAAAACUUAAGGAUGCUAUUCAUGAUCAUUUCAGAUGUUGGAAGGAUGGACAACUUGAAAAAACAACAAUACCGCAAUACUUCAUUCUAGCAGGAGCUGGAGAAGGAAAAUCUCGUACUGCACAAGAAUUGCCAAAAUUGCUAAUUGAAUGUACAAAUGAUGAUGUUGACUUACAGAAUCGACUUAAGUCUGCUCUUGUAUUUAAUCUAUCAUUUGAAAAUGGAACCAAACUAUUUCGAGGGGUAGAAGUUGACAGCUCUUAUAUAAUUGGGAAUCGAAUGCUUUUUCAAUUAUUGAAGCAUCCUAAUGAAACUUGGAAUGAUUUCAAGAAUCGAUAUGAAGUAACACCAGAAAAAGUAUUGCGUCAUAUUGCUAGACAUCGCAAUCAAGAAUUCGAUGAUCUGAACGUAAUUAUUAUUCUAGAUGGUCUUCAAGUGGCAAUGAAUGACCCCGAUGAUGCUACCAUUAGCAUGCCCAUUCACAAUCUUGCCAGUUCACAAAAGAGAGUUUUUCUCCCAGUGACAUCAUUAAAACCUCCGAAAAUAAACAACAACCCAGUUUUUAUCGAUAAUUCAGUCAUGAAGAUGCUUAUAAAUGAUAUGGGUGGUCAUGGGCGUGCGUUGGAGGCUUUAGAAGUGUCUGUUAGAGAAAAAGAUUUGGACAAUAUUAAUUUUAUUGAUCUAAUAAAUAAUGUACGAUCAAAACUUAUUGAUAAUUAUCAAGGAUGGUUAAGUAAAACUAUUUAUUUGAAACCAGUCCUACGCAUUAUUCUUUCACGUACACAAGUUGACAAAAAUCAAGAUAUUUCUACAUUUAAAGGGAAAGGAUUAAAAAUAGAUGAUGUAACACAAUUUGGUCUCGUUCGAUUUGAGAGUCAAAGCACGGAUCAAGUGGUUGGAUAUCUUACAUGUCCGUACAUUUGGCUAUGGAUAAUGGCGCAUGCGUUAUCAAAUGAUAAAGUUUUACAGAAUUGGAAUUUUAACUAUUACAAUGAAGUACGCAAUAGAACAGGGGACCCAAGCAUACCACCCG